GACUUGGUGAAGGAGAAAAUAGACUAAUCCAUCUGUCUCAAAAUCCGCCCUGCUGCUGACCCACACUCUGGACACUUUGGUCAGCCUUUGGUCACAUGGCAAAGGCAAACCCUUAAAAACCCACAGGCUUCACAUCCGAGACCCCAGUGAUCUCUGCUGUGUGAGACACCAGCUGGUCUUGGUGUUCAUCCCGCUUUCUCUUCCCCCGGAUAGCCUCAGAGGUACCAUCAUGUCUGACAAUGAGGAGAUUGUGGAGGAGUAUGAGCAGGAGGAGGAAGAGGAACAGGAUGAGGAGGUGAAUAAAGAAGAAGGAGAGGUUGAAGAGGAAGAGGAGCAGGGGGAUGAUGAAGCAGAAAAGAAAGAAGAGCAUGCAGAGGAGACUGAGCAUGAGGAAGAGUCUAAAUGGCGACCUAAGACAACUUACGUGCCAAAUAUUGCUCCUCCAAAGCUCCCUGAUGGUGAGAAGGUGGAUUUUGAUGAUCUCCACCGCAAGAGACUGGAAAAGGAUUUCAACGACCUCCAGACGCUGAUCGAGCUGCACUUCUCCAGCCGUCAGAAGGAGGAAGAGGAGCUGAUAGCGCUGCGUAACCGCAUCGAGCGCCGUCGCUCUGACAGAGCUGAACAGCAGCGUGUCCGAGCAGAGCAGGAGCGCGAGCGCCAAGCACGGCUGGCCGAGGAGAGGUCAAGGCGCGAGGAGGAGGCGGCCAAACUGCGUGCUGAGGAGGAAGCCAAGAAGAAGAAGAUAUUCACCAACAAGUCAUUCGGUGGCUACCUGCAGAAGGUGGACCAGAAGAAGGGCAAGAAGCUGACAGCGCGGGAGGAGAAGAAGAAGGCCUUGAUGGAGCGCAGGAAGCCACUCAACAUCGACCACCUGAACCAGGAGAAGCUGGCGGAGAAGGCGCAGGACCUCUGGCAGUGGCUCCACCAGCUGCACGCUGAGAAGUUUGAGCUGGCCGAAAAGCUCAAGAGGCAGAAGUACGACAUCUACGUGCUCCGAAACCGAGUCAGCGACCAUCAGAGGGGCUCCAAAGCGUCUAAGACCCCCAGAGGUGCCAAGGGCAAGUCUGGCUCCUGGAAGUGAGGGUCAGAAUCCAUGACAACCUGACUGCUAAGUCAUUUCUGGACUAUUUGUCUCCUAUUUACAACUUGUAUCACAAAAGCUAUCCCAGGGAUUGGGUGUUUUUCAGGGUCCCUGGGGGGACUGAAGUGAAUGAAAUUAAGUUAAUGAAACAAAAAAAUACUGAAUGAUCAUCUGUGAUUGUUCUGUUGAGAUAAAAUAAUUAACUUUAUUUACCAGUUCAUCUGCUCACAUGCUAUGUCAUUCAAGAGUUUAUUAAAUUUGAAUGUGUGUUGGUGUCAUUUUACUGCUCUUCCAGAGUAUACUUUGUGAUUUAUUUUACUCUCGCAUAUUAACAGUAUUUUCACCAGUGCAGUUGUUCAUAAGUAGUUUUAUGCACCCACAUUUAUUAUGAAAUAUGUGAUGAAAGAUUUAAAGUCUUCAAAUAAGAUGCCAGUAAUGCAUUUGUUUCCAAUAAAUCAACGCUGAUUUUAAUUUCAAGUAA